AUGCGUGUCUAUUCCAUCAAUGAUCCCAGCACGACUGACCCCUUUAUCGUCACCACAUACGUAUGUUCCAGUGGACCGCUGCCUUACGAGGAUAGAACCGCAGAGAAAGUCCCCAUUUCUGUACCAUGCUUUCGAUCCGAUACGUUCCUCAUGGUACCUUGUUCUCAUGAACAAUACUACGACUUUGACGAUCUGUGGAAACUCGUUCUGUUUGAGAAUUAUCCUGCAUCAUCGAAAAAUCCGGAGUUCCAAUAUGAUUACAGUUGUCGACCCACAUUUCCCAGAAUUGAUCCUGAAGCAAUCGCAGACCGCUUUGGCCAAGAUAAGUCGAAAGAAUUUCAAGAUGUUUGUAGAUAUGCGAGAUCAAUUGAGAAAGAGUUGAUUGAGAGUGUUGAAGGGAAAGGAAGAUUGGAUAGACCAUGGAUAAAAUCUAUGGAUCAGAUUACUGAGAAAUCUACGCCUGAUCAAUUUAUCCGAGAUACCCAGAAGAGUCUGGAAGAAUUUACAAAGUUUGUCAAUGAUACUGCCAAAGAAUCAUUUACUGUCAAUGGCAAAGAAUAUAGACACUUCGUGUGGAGUCAAGAAGAACUUUUGGGCAGAUAUGCCUGGAGUUCCACAAAGGGACAGACAUAUGAUUCGUUCGAUCAUGGUAUGUCCUGGCUGAAGGAGUUGAACCGUAUUAACCCUACAGAAGAUCUUGUUAUAGACAUGAAUGCUCUGGAAAUUACUGACAAUGAUGAUGGUGAAAGGGGCGGAAAUGAGAGACCUACAUUUACUGUAGUGACAAUUCCAUACCUCGAAGCAGGCAUUCAUCCCCAAUUUGACAACUCAGCCUGCAAAGGGUUAGUUGGCUCGAAAGGUAAAUUACUCGUCAAAUAUAUUCAUAGUGGAUCUGGAGGUUCGAUCGAAGAUUGGUCAGCAAUGGAGAGAUUCAAAAGCAGAUUUGAAAAAUCUCUCCGUGAGACCGAACCUGAACAGGAUGAACAGGUGUUAUCAGAGAUUGGCCCGGAAGAAUUUAUUCGUCGAUCCAAAGAGUGGGAGCAAAGUAUAGAACAGUAUGUUAAAGAUAUUUUCAAUCAGAACAGGUCAUUUAUACCUGAAACCGUUUGGAAUAUGUCAAUAACAGGUAGCGACUUGGAUAAAUACAUGCCUUUGACAGCUAACAGACUUGGUGUGGUGGAUUGGGCAUAUUACAGAGAUAAUGUGAACACUUUCGCGAGCUGGUACGAAAAUGAGUAUAACAGAGCAUCACCAGAUCAAGCUCAGAACAUAUCCACUUCAGUGAUAUCGAAAGAAGAGGAAGAUGAUGGUUCUGAUUAUGAAUUUAGUUUGGAUGAACCUACCUGGAAUGCUUUGGUAACAUUGAACAAGUUUUCAAGAGACGAAUCUAUCUUCAUUCGCGAUCUACCUCAGAUAUUGGCGGUGUCCAAUCACUUGUUCCCGUCAACAGCAUCGACCGAGAGUUCGGAAGAAGCCAAGUCACCACAAGUAUCAGUGGAUAAGUAA